AUGUGCCUCGGUGUCACCCAAAGCACUCGCAGCCGUGGACCUCCUCGCCACGCGGUCCUUUCCUCUGCAGUGAGCACACUAGCGUUCACCCUGCCCGGGUCGGUGCGGUACUCCAUCCACACCAAGUCUGCCAGCGCGUACGGAACGCGCGCUCCCUCCCUCCUCCUUCUCGGUGCCCCCGCCCCUCGCUCACUCCGGCUCACUCCAGCGGCGACUUUGAGGGAUUCCCUCUCGGGCGGCCUCUGCAGCAGCACCACUGGCCUCAUUCGCUGCUCCGCGAGGAUGGAUCUCCGAGGAAGAGCCGUUCUCGGCGUGAAUAGACUUCGAGUUCUGAUGCUCUUCCAUACAAUGGCUCGAAUCAUGGCAGAACAAGAAGUGGAGAAUCUCUCAGGCCUUUCCACUAACCCUGAAAAAGAUAUAUUUGUGGUGCGGGAAAAUGGGACGACGUGUCUCAUGGCAGAGUUUGCAGCCAAAUUUAUUGUCCCUUAUGAUGUGUGGGCCAGCAAUUAUGUAGAUCUAAUCACGGAACAGGCUGAUAUCUCACUGACCCGGGGAGCUGAGGUGAAGGGCCACUGUGGCCACAACGAGUCGGAGCUGCAGGUGCUCUGGGUGGAUCGCGCGUACGCGCUCAAAAUGCUGUUUGUAAAGGAAAGUCACAACACGUCCAAGGGACCCGAGGCGACGUGGAGGCUGAGCAAGGUCCAGUUCGUCUAUGACUCCUCGGAGAAGACCCAUUUUAAAGAAGCGAUCAGUGCCGGGAAACACACAGCCAACUCGCAUCAUCUCUCUGCCUUGGUCACCCCAGCUGGAAAGUCCUAUGAAUGUCAAGCUCAGCAGACCAUUUCACUAGCCUCCAGUGAUCCACAGAAGACAGUCACCAUGAUCCUGUCUGCGGUCCACAUCCAGCCCUUUGACAUCAUCUCUGAUUUUGUCUUCAGUGAAGAGCAUAAAUGCCCAGUGGAUGAGCGGGAGCAGUUGGAGGAAACCUUGCCCCUGAUUUUGGGGCUCAUCUUGGGCCUCGUCAUUGUGGUAACGCUGGUGAUUUACCAUCUCCACCACAAAAUGACUGCCAACCAGGUCCAGAUCCCUAGGGACCGAUCCCAAUAUAAGCACAUGGGCUAGAAAGUAUUAGGCAGACAGCCCCCAGCCCCCCUCCACUGGCUGGAUCAGGUAGAAAAACAAAAGCGCUUUCCACCUAUACAUGGGAUAUACCAACAUAGCUGCAAUCAAACAGACCUGGGUAUUCAAGGCUUGCUUGGCCUGCAUCCAUGCUUAAACCCUGGGAUGGGGGGAUUCUUUCAGAUUCAUGGGGUGAAGGACAGUUGCUUGGGGAGUGGGAGGAAUGGGUGAGCCAGCUUUCACACUCAUGGUGGCUUGGCUUUGACUCUCCAAGGAGCAACUCAUAAAACUCAGAGGGGUAUCUGACUCUGAAGUUUAGGGAUUGAAACCACACUUCGUUCAGAAAGACACCCCUUAAGGUUCAAGAGGAAUAUUGGAGGCUUUGGUCCCUUGAACACAGAUGGCUUACCCUAUACUGUUGUCAACGUACACAAAAUACAGCCUCAUGCUCCCUGCAGCAAGACCCCUGAAAGUGAUCCAUGCUUCUGGCUGGUGUUCUGCAUGUCUAGUGAUUGUCUUGGGAAUGUUUCACUGCUACCUGCACCCAGUGAAUUCACAGCACAAGAACCUGUUUAAUGUAACUAUGCAGAGUUGUUUGGACUUUAUAGUGUGUCAGGUCCAAGUAAGGGGACCUGAAGAAUCAAUCCAUGUGAGUUUGUUUUUCAAAAUGAAUUAAAACACACUACUGUCUAA